GGUGCGGAUGAAGGCCGUUUCAUGCCGGCUUCGUUCUUAUUAUACAUCCCACUCCGAUCUGAUGUGGCGUAGUGGAGCCGGCAAACCAAAUAAUCCAACUUUUGAACUGGCGCUCGCCGCUAGCUUUUCUUGCCUCUAACCGCCAUCGUCGACGCCGUCCUCACUGUCCUUCCUUUAUCCAGCGAGCCCGCCGUCGACGGACAUGUUCUUCCAGCGCGCUCUUACGCUCCUGCCCCUUAUCGCCGCCCCCGCCCUCGCGGCGGCGGCUCAUGAUGCCCGCCAGGAAACAUCGUCGGCCUCUGCUGCUGGCAGCGCGUCUGCGCCUGCUGGUACCAGCAGCGCUGCGGCAGGUGCUGCCAGCGGGGCUUCCUCCGCUGCGGGCUCUGCCGCUGGCUCUGGCAUCACAUCCGGCGCUGCCACACUUGCGACGACCUACACAUUCUCGUUGCUCUCAUCUAACCCGACUGCUGUCCCCUUGUCGUCGAUCAACGCUGCCGCGGCGACAGAGUCUACGAUCCCUCUCCCAUCGACUGCCAGUCCUGGCGCGACUGCGUCGUAUUUGAGCAAUGGGCCGGCUUUGCCGCAGGCCUCGAUCGUGCCUAGCAACUAUCCGACUAUGGACAAGGUCCCUCCUACGGAUUCCGACCAGGUCAAGCAGUGGAUCCAAGAAGUGAAGGAUACUGGUAUCGACAUUCCCGAUAUCUCCCAAACCGUCGAGGGAGGAUGCCCUUCCAACGUGGAGGCGGCCAAGAACGAGUCCAACUGCUGGUGGACGUGCAGUGGCUGCACGCGUGACACUGAUAUCGUUGCGUGUCCCGAUAAGUACACUUGGGGUUUGACCUACGACGAUGGCCCGUCGUACUACACCCCGAACCUGCUCAAGUAUCUCGAUGAGCAGCAGAUCAAGUCUACUUUCUUCGUCGUCGGCUCGCGUGUCAUCUCCUUCCCGCAGACUCUGCAGGAGGAGUUCAUGUCUGGCCACCAGGUCGCGGUGCACACCUGGAGUCACCCGUACCUCACGACGCUCACGAACGAACAAAUCAUUGCGGAGCUCGGCUGGACUCGUCAGGCUAUCAGGGAUGUCAUCGGUGUCUCGCCCAGCAUGAUGCGCCCGCCUUACGGUGACAUUGACGACCGUGUCCGUAAGAUCUCGCUGGCUUUGGGCAUGACGCCGGUUAUGUGGACCCGCAUCAGCCAGACCGCGACCUUCGAUACGGGCGACUUCGAUGUGCAUGCUGGCAUCAACACCGUUCAGGACUCGCUUCAGAACUGGCAGAACAUCCUCGGCAACGCGUCAGAAAUUGACACCGGCUUCAUCGUGUUGGAGCACGAUCUUUUCCAGCAGACUGUCGACAUCGCCACGGGUUACAUCCUGCCCGACGCGAUUGCGCACAAGGAUCCCAGCUUCACGAUUGAGCCUGUGAUUACGUGCUUGAACAAGCCUUUGGCAGAUGCUUACGUCGAGACCAACGACAACGACACUAACCCGCCUGUUGUUUCCGGUUCGGCUGCCACCGCACUGUCGUCCGGCGCACCUGGGUCCGCCCAAGCUACGGGCGGUUCCAAGGGCGAAGACGACAACAACGGCGCUGCCGCGCUGCGCACUGGCGCGACGUUGACGGCACUUCUCGCUGUUGCCGGAUGCUUCCUUACCGGCCUCUCCAUGCUCGGCUUGUAAACUGCAUGCAUAACUACUUUGCCGCAGCCUACGAACCCCUAGAUGUACCUCCUCUUUAGUGUUCCUAGCCUCAGUACGACGGACUCGCUUCAGGAUGAAGACUCUCCAGCCUAAUGCAUGCAUUGACAUCUUGAUACCUAAUCACCGUCGCCACUACUACUACCUCUGAUGAUCUAUCUCGCUCAUGUCAUUGUAUCGCUACUGUUGCACGGAGUCUGUCUCGUUCUUGUCACUCUUUAUUAUUGCACCACUAGUUGUACAUGGACUGUUCGACCUAUAUAUAUUGCACAAUGACAUCUCUGGCUGCGCCUCUCCAUUCGCAGGAUGGGUG